AGGGGUUACUCCUGGCUCUGCUCACAGUGAUAAUUCCUGGUGAUUUGGAAAAUCAUAUGGGGUGCUGUGGAUGGAAACUGGGAUAUUUGGCUUUGUUACAAAAUCAAGUCAAAACAAACUUUCUGGUGAAGAGUGUGCAGAUUUGACAUGGCAGUUCAAGGAAUAAAUAAGCAUGCUGUACUCCCUCCCAUUCUGAGUAGAAGUGACAAGAAAUUUCUGGAAAGCAUACAAAGAUACAUAAUUACAGAAAUUGAAAAAGUGGGAUGUACUGAGGAAGGACCUGCUGAUGAAUAUUACAUCAUAUACCGUAAUGUUUUUGAUAAGGUAAUAGAUUAUGUCACUACAUACAAAUCCAUUCUUACUUUAAUCAAAAAAGAAUAUGAUGCAUUUAUUGAAACAAUGAAGAAAAAUCAAAGAACUACAUUUUCUCUUCAUGGAAAACUUAAAGUUUGGGCAGCAGAGCCCACAACAUUUGUAUAUCAUAGGAAAAGAAUAAUUCAACUCGAAGAAAAACUGAGGGUUAUUGAAAAUAAUUCAUCAAAGAUUCAAUUGGAAAUAGACAAAAUAAAACAAUGUAGAGCAGAAUAUGACACAGAAGGAAUAAAAUGUCAAGUACCCUGCAAAAAUCCUUCAAAACCCAUUCCAGGCAUGACUCUCCAAGAGUCAGUGAAUUUAGACGAUCUCAAAAAAUACCUGAAGCAUCUUGAAGAUAAAUGCACAGAAAUGAAACAAGUAAAGGAGAAAAAAUAUGUGCCAAUUCAAAGGAAAGAUGAUUUAGAAGAGGAAAUAAUUAUGCUUUUAAAACGGCGGGAUGUAGCUGAAAAUAUGAAAAAAGAAUUACAGCUUCGUUACCAAAGACUGCAGCUGGUUUCAUUUGCAUUCUCUUCAUGGAUAAAAUCUAAUAUGAGCACAUUGUUUCAAGACUUCAUGGAGCAUGUUCAGACACUGCAAGAACAACAGGAUAAGAAAGGCACUUUUGAGGAUAUAUUUGAAGAUAAUCCAAACAAAGCAAAAGAAACUGAAAAUUUGCUCUCCUACAUUGAAAGGUUCAAUGAAUUAAUGUCCCUCGGUGAAUAUGAAAAGGCAGCUUACCUUACAGCCAACUCUCCUAGAAGAAUUCUUCAAAACAUUGGGACAAUGGAUAAAUUUAAAGAUGCUGGAAGAAUUAAAGGAAAGCCUUUUCCAUUAUUGCUAUUCUUUGAGGCUAUCUUUAGCACAAGUCAUGCUUUUAAAAGCCCUGUUGAUGCAGAGCUAACACUGGAAGGAAUCAAGUGUGGAUUAUCAGAACAACGUUUAGAUUUAGUUAUCAACUGGGUGACCCAGGAAAAGCUGACAUUUUGUGAGAAGGCUGGAGAUGUGAUUUAUGACUAUGGGGAGCAUAACAUUAACAGCAAGGCCAAGUGCUUAGCUUUAGCUCAGAUUAUCUACAAUGAGUGUGGCCUGUACAAGAAAGCUCUUCUUUGCCAGUGUAAACAGGGUCAAAUUCAUGAGGUCAUGGAGCAUAUACAACAUGUCAAGGACUUGACUUCUGAUGACUUGCUGAACCUAAUAAAGUUAUGUCCCAACACUAAAUUAAUUCAUAGUCUAACCAAAGAAUGGAAUGGAAAACCACCAGUUUUAUCUUUUUCUCUUGCUGUUCUUCAUCUGUUCUCUAUAGAUAUGAAAAAAGUUGUGAUUAAACUACUUCAAGAAAUAAACGAAGGUGAGAAAGCUACAAUCGAAUGCCUUAUGAUAAAUGAUCCAUUGUGCUCCAUGGAAAGUUGGCAAGAAAUUGCAGCUAAGUGUUUACAGAAUGGAUUUCAAAAAUUAUCUAAUAACAUCAUAACCAUUCUUCGUUCUCAGGCUGGAGUGUCAGAGAUUUCUAAAGAGGAUGAUACAGUCAACUUAAUGGAUCAUGUGUUUUGGUAGUUCUCUACCUUAACCAGUUGGGGGCACUUAUACAACAUUUUAUGUAUGUUGGCUGGAGACACUGAUCUUGA